GGAUUCAUUCAGUAACCAGCAGUCAGCGUUGGUGUUAACAUACACAACAUGGACAAGAUUACGAAAAUCGUUCCUGACCGUCAGUUCGGAGCAAUAGAGUACAUUGGAGAUCAAGAUUCAAGCUGUCCAGAAUACUCACAGACACCAGUGACCAGGCCACUUCAGUCCGAGUCAGUCAUCUCCAAAAGUGUGGUGCAGUGGCAACAACUUCAACAGCUGGCUAUCCUGCUAAACACAAAUGAUAGACGUGAAGUCCCCACGGUACCAGUUUCCUAUGCGGCUAUUGAGAAGUCCAGCUCCCCUUAUGAGUACCAGCGUCCAUACACCAACCCCAGCACUCUCACCCCACCCACCGCCGCCAUCCAGUACAACCAAAUCAACGUGACCAGUUCACCCUAUAUGUACCAUCACCCUGAACGCCACCCCAGCUCCCUUUCUCCUCCAAAACAUCAAAUCAACUAUGCCCCUCAGCUGUACCAACACAUCUAUUACCCGAGUGACCUGUACAUGAAGGACUCUUAAGGUAUCAAGAAGAGCACUACCAAGCCACUCAGAAAUUAACUGAUUAUGACUGUAGAAGCCAACAUCCCGUAAGAGAAGACUGCAGUUCCGUGCCAGCUAAUCGUCAUAUGUCCAAGCUGACGAUUAGCUGAACUUUUUAAGUUAUGUUCACGACGGUAAUCUAUCCCUACAGUAGAACAACGAGCUUUAUCUAAAGGUCUGAAAUUUGCUUUUAAUCACCACAAAUUACACUUUUUUUUAAACCAUUUACUUGGUUUUGAGAGACUUUUUAAGAUAUUAUCUCCUCUCAGUUUAUAUGAUCCAGUAUAAAAUGUUUGCAUUA